AUGGGGUUGCGCCUUGGGAGGUGCCCCUCUCCUCCUUCUAAUUCUCCUGUGUCUGAUGUGGAUUCCGGAGGUGAUGCAGUGGCGGAUGGUGGCAAGAUUUCCUCGUCAGUGGUGGACGUCAGUGUUAUCUGGUCAGUGGCAGCGGAGUCUCAGCGUGCUUCGCUGGGUGAUGCCGGCACUGUUCGCUUCCUGAAGGGUCCAAGGCCCCGCGUUCUGAUGGAUUCCCCGGCGGUGGGGCGGCGGCAGGUUGAGCCUCGGGUUGCUGACGACGCCUCUGCGGAAGUGGAUCUUGCUGUUGGCCCCUUCAUUAUAAGUGCAGACCGAGCAGAUGUGGUUGACUUCACAGAGACAGUAUUCAUUGACUACUCUAGGAUUAUGGGUGCUCGAGGUCAGGCGGAGGUGGACCCGUGGGGCUUCCUGUUCCCUCUAGAGCCGCUUGUGUGGGCGGCCAUCUUGGCCACCCUGCUGGUGCUGCCUUUCGUGGUGUUUCUAAUGUCUUACUGCCUCUCUGGCAACAUGAGUGCUCAAGGGAACUGGUUGUUGGUUACCCUCGACUUUAUACGGAUGUUGUUACUGCAAGAUAUCAUGGGUCCCGCGGACUGGUGGUGGGAGCGGGUGGUGAUGGUGGUGUGGGGGCUGGUGACGGUGGUGUUGACGCAGAGCUACGCCGGCAACCUCAUGGCUCUCCUGGCUGUCAGACACAUCUCUCAGCCUUACCAAUCUCGACAACAAGUGCUAGACGACCCGUCUGUUACCAUCAUAUGGUUGAAAGGUUCUGCUAUCGAAGAUAUUUUACAUAGUACUAGUUGUUCUACCGAGCAGUCAGUAUUCUCACAGACCGUAGUUAGGUGGGACCUCGGCAGUCCAGAUAUUCAACUUGUUACCUUUCUCAAUAAACUGCUGAAGUCAUCAAUCGUGUAUGCUCUACUACACAGUAAGAACGACUAUACGUCAAGAAGGUGCAGUGUGUACAUCCAGCAGCCCUACAGUCCCCAGGAAGCCCAGGCACUGAAGGUGGCUGCCUGGACGCCCCACCGAGGCCUCACCCUCACCUCCAGCCUCCCGCUCUUCCCUGACAAAUUCUCAAAGCUCUCAAACAGACCAAAUCUUGUGGUUGUCAGUGAAAGUUAUCCCACACACGAAGCAGUGAUGGUGGACGACCCCAAGGUGCCAGGAAGAAAAGUACUUCGGUUCUUCAGUGCCAUUGCCAACGUUCUCCAACUUCUCGCUGACACUACAAAUUUUACGUACACGUAUGUGAGACCUCCUGAUGGUUUAUGGGGCUCACAGAAGAAGGACGGGUCCUGGUCUGGCAUGGUGGGUAUGGUGAGCAGAGAGGAGGUGGACAUUGGUCUUGGUCUCUUUACCAUUGGUACUUUGUCAGCCGAGGUCAUGGACUUCACGUGGCCAGUAACAAUAGAAUCUGAGACACUCCUUGGAGGUCGAGGUCGACCGGAGGUGGACCCGUGGGGCUUCCUGUUCCCUCUGGAGCCGUUGGUGUGGGCGGCCAUCCUGGCGGCGCUGCUGGUGCUGCCUCUGACGAUGUUCCUCAUGUCCUCAUGCACUUCCCUUAAGACUCUGGCCGGAUGGAUGGACGAUAUAUUCAAAUUCUUAUCACUAAUAUUAAAUCAAGGUAGACAUUAUUUAUAUUUUAAUAUUUUAUUUUAUGAAACGAACUUAACAAUGAAGUUACAUGAUUUUCAUGUCUUUUCUAGAAUAUUGGUGAACGACCAAGUGACACGACUAAGGAAAACAGACGGGGCAUAUACAGAAUGUGACAAGGAAAUGUGCGAGGCACUGAAUGCCAGUUUCCAUGGAGUGUUCACAACCAAGCCUGAGCAACUCCCAUUCUUAGAAGAGAUUACCCUAGACGAAAGACUGUCAGAUAUAGAGGACAUACUACGAGAACAAAAACCUCAUGUCGCUGAAAGAUUAGUGGAAACUGAGUAG